GAUUCAAUGGAGUAGUUGCAGCCAGCAGCAACAAACGCAACGCUGUCGUCGUCUUUUCAACUUCAGCAAAUUUUGCAUUUUGUCCUGAUAGUAAUUCAAUUGUGAUAAUCAGUCAUGGGUCAUAAACACAAGAAGGAGAAAAGGAAACAUCGCAGCAGGAGUCGUUCAAGAUCCGUUGAGAAAGAAAGGGAACGGGAACGGGAAAAGGAAAGGGAAAGGGAGAGAGAUAGAUCUAAACAUCGUCACCACAAGAGGCAUCACAAGGAUAGGAAAGAACAGAAACGUUCUAGAGAAGAAAGUCCAACAUACAUAAGUUCCGAUGAUGACUGCAUUGUGGUGCCACCACCACCAAAGAUAUCUCGACAGGCCACACCACCCCCUCCUCCUCCUCCAGCGAUAUCAAAUACCUCGUCUGACAAGUCCAGUUCAGGAGCUGGUGAUUCACUGUCAAUUGAAGAGACAAACAGAAUACGAGCCAAAUUAGGACUGAAGCCUCUUCAGGUUGAUGAUAAACCCACAUCAGUAGAAGUUAAAGCUGACAAUGAUUACAAAAAUUCAACAGAGAGGGCUGCGGCUGAGGCUGGUUUGGAUGUUAUUAACGAUGAUCUUGGAGAAUUUGUUCACAAACCUGCAGAGAAUCUUGCUAAGAAGGUGAAGGCAGAUAAAAUUAAAGAAAAAUUAGCUGAAAGAAAGGCAAAACGAGCCCUGGAACAGAAAUUGGCGAGAGUUAAAAGAUUGGGUGAAUCAAGCAGUGAUGAAGAAGAUAGUGCUGCUGCAUGGGCCGAAAAGAACCGCAAAAUUGUCAAUGAAAAGCAGCAAGCUGAAAAAAGAGCCAAGAUGCUUGAAGAAAUGGAUGCAGAAUUUGGCAUUGGGGAACUUGUUGCUGAAGAAAUUAAAACUGAGAGGCGUAAUGUUUACGGGGCCAAAGAUCUGCGUGGCCUUCGUGUAGAACAUGACUUGGGAAGCUUUGGUGAAGGAAAACAAGUUGUUUUAACCUUGAAGGAUCAGGGGGUCCUAGAGGAAGAGGGAGAUGUACUGGUGAACGUUAACAUGGUAGAUGAUGAGCACCACAAAAAGAAUAUUGACAGGAGAAAACAAAAACCUGGUUACAAUGCAUAUGAAGAUGAGGAGGAUAUGGAUACACUUAAUGAACCUGAAGUGAAAGUCUUGUCUAAGUAUGAUGAGGAAAUUGAUGGAGCAAAGAAAAAGAGUUUCACUCUAGGUGUGGAUGACUCACCAGCUGCAAUCGCUCAAAGAAAACAAGAAGCCCUUACCAUUAAGAACAAACUAAUGAAAAAGAAAUUGGAGACAUUAGCAAUGCCAGCUCCUAAACUUGCUUCAGAGUACUAUAAUGAAGAAGAAAUUUCUACAAAAUUCAAGAAGCUUAAGAAGGUGAAGAAAGUUCGCAAAAAAGGAAUUUUGAAAGCUGACGAUUUGGAAGCCUCAGUCAAGGAAGAAAAUUCUACCAAAGAUAUGGGGUCAAGGCGAAUGAGAUCACGUAUUGUAGAUGAUGACGAUGAUAUGAAAGCACCUCCUCCUCCUCGUAUCAGUGAACCAGAUGAUAUCAUUAAAGAAGAACCUAUGGAUGUUGAUGAUUUCCCAGCUUUACCCUCUGACUUGGGCACUGUAAAGAUUGAGGCAGAUGAAGAUUUAGCUUUGGAGCUUGCUUUAAAGAAAGCAAGAAAGUUAAAACAAAUGGAAGCUGCGGAGGAAGCAGCAAGUGGAGACAAGGUUGUGAAAAUGAUAGUUAGUGAAGAGUAUGAGCCUGCAUUUGGAGAAACUGGACCUGGUGGUUCUAUUGUACUCAACUCUACUGCUGAAUUUUGCCGUACUCUGGGAGAUAUUCCUACUUAUGGUCUGGCUGGAAACAGAGAUGAGGAUGCUGAAGAGUUACUUGAUUUUGAGCGAGAAAUGAUAGAGGAGCAACGCCGUAGGCAGGAAGAGGAUGUUGGAAUACGGGGUGCUUGGAAUGAAGUUGAAGGAGAUGAGCAGCCUGCUGAAGUAGAAACAACAGAAACACCCAUUUUGGAUCCUGAACCGGAUCUGGGUGGUGGAAUGGCAGGUGCACUGAGACUUGCGGUCAGUAAAGGUUAUUUGGAGAAAGAAAUUCUGAAGAGACCUUCAGCGUCUAGAUUUGCUCACUUACAAGCACAAAAUUAUUCAAUCGAUGACAAGGCUCAUGUGGAGGAUGACAAGUUUGGAAGGCGUGAAAGAUAUGCCGGUCCAACUUCAGAGUUCAAAGAUAAAGACGGUUAUAAACCUAAUGUCAAACUGGACUACAUUGAUGAUGAAGGCCAUGUAUUAAAUGCCAAAGAGGCAUUCCGGUAUCUUUCUCACAAAUUCCAUGGUAAGGGACCAGGAAAGAAUAAGGUUGAGAAGAGGAUGAAGAAAAUGGAGCAAGAUGCUUUGAUGAAACAAAUGAGCUCCACUGAUACCCCUCUGGGCACUCUCAACAUGCUCCAGGCCAAACAGAAAGAGACCCAGUCUCCUUUUAUAGUUCUUAGUGGUGGCAAGCAUCAAACAACAACUAUUUCAAAAACAAAACUGAGCAAGUGAAAAUUUUUCUGAGCUAUCAUCUCGUGUAGGUAACUUGUAUGGUUUAAUACAUAAUUAAUCUUUCUGCAGUGUCAUUGAAUCAACCCCCUGUUCUGACCUUUGUACAAAUUUCUGUAAAGGAUUAAAUACAAUUAUGAAAUAAAAUUGAUCUUGUUAUUGUUUA